GAGAGAGAGAGAGAUGGAUUAUUUCUUUCUAGAUUGCGUUUGCCAAGAAGAAGAAGAAGAAGACAAGUUCUGGGAUCUGAUCGCCGGUGACGUUUCCGGCAACGGUGACGACGGUGAAAGAACCGUAAACAGAAGUGCGUUUAGGUCAUACGUGAAGGAUACGGAACAGAGGAUGAUGCCGUCUUCAUCGACGGUGAAUAACGUGAAGAGAAGAAUGGUGAAUCUUUUGAGAAAGAAUUGGGAGGAGAAGAAAAAUGCGGUGGCGCCGGAGAAAGAGAGAUGCCGGCUACAUAUGAUGAAAGAGAGAACAAGAAGAGAGAAACAAAAACAGAGUUACUUAGCUCUCCAUUCUCUUCUACCAUUUGCCACCAAGAAUGACAAAAAUUCAAUUGUUGAAAAAGCUGUGGAUCAGAUUGGGAAAUUAGAAAGACUAAAGGAAGACCUAGAGAGAAGAAUGAAUGUGUUGGAAGCAAAAUCAGCAAAGGAUGAUGAUGAAUUGAUUGGGACAAAGGUUAGGUUUAAUCUACAAGAACCUUUGUCUGGGAUCGAUUCAAUGGUAGAAGUUCUUCAAUGUCUUAAAUCAGUGGGGACAAAAUUUAAAACAGUCCAAGCCAAUUUCUCUCCUCAUGAAUUCUCUGCGACCAUGAACAUCGAGACUCAGAUACGAGGAGAAGAGGUGGAAAAGAGAGUGGAGAGAAGACUCCAGGAAAUUGAAUGGAAACUCCUCUUCCCACCAGAAGCUUCGUUUCUUAAAGACUAAUGAGUUCCAUUCUAUUGUUUCUUUUAUUCAUUUUUUUUC